UUUUUAGACCGCUCUGAUUGACUGGAACUACACCGUAGAUACCCAAGCGACGCUUUCUGUUUGCUUCCAAGAAACUUGCGGCAUAAAUGUCACUCCCUUUUACCGGAACUUGGCGGGCACUUAUUUAUUGUAGCAUUGCCAUAGCACUUAAAUCAGAAAAGCAUGGCUGUUUUCAGUAUAAGAAACAAUCACAAGAGGCGAUAUGCUGUUCUGUUAUUGAGUCUCGCGUGCUUUAUUAUAUACCGACACUUCAGAGGUCCGACAGGGAAGAUAAGGAUAAAUCGCUCAAAGGGUCUGCGAGUAAACUCUUCCCAGUUCACUCUGGGAGGAGAGCCGUUCCGUAUUCUGGGUGGCUCUUUACACUACUUCCGCCUGCCCAGAGCCUACUGGGAGGACCGGAUGGUGAAAAUGAAAGCCUGUGGUCUCAACACUCUCACUGUUGAUGUGCCAUGGUCUCUCCAUCAGCCAGAAAAUGGAGAAUUUCGCUUCCAGGGAGGCCUAGAUAUAGAAGCUUUCCUUCACCUGGCUGCAGAGGUGGGACUCUGGGUAAUUUUACGUCCGGGACCAUACAUAGGCUCUGAUCUUGACCUUGGAGGCUUGCCCAGCUGGCUUUUGCGUGAUAGAGAGAUGCUGCUGAGAACCACAUACCCAGGAUUCAUAGCGGCUGUAAACGAGUACUUCGACAAGCUCAUUCCGAAAGUGGUCCCUUUCCAGUUCAAGAAAGGUGGGCCUAUCAUUGCCAUUCAAGUGGAAAACAAAUAUGGAUCAUAUGCAAAAGAUGGAAACUACAUGUCAUUUAUCAAAGAGGCUCUCCAAGAAAGGGGCAUCAGGGAAGUUCUCCUAACAUCAGACGACCACGAGGGUCUAAAAUAUGGUGGAAUCAAAGGAGCUUUAAGAACUCUAAAUCUACAGAAAAUGAAUCAUGAUGACAUCAAAUAUUUGGAAGCAGUCCAGCCCAACAGUCCUGUGCUGGUGAUGGAGCUCUGGACGGGGAGGUGUGAUGGAUGGGGCGGUUUACACCAUAGUUUUCCUGCAGAGGACCUGAUUGCUGUGGUGAGAGAGAUACUGAGGCGAGGAAUGUCCAUCAACCUGUACAUGUUCUACGGAGGGACAAACUUCGGAUUUAUGAAUGGAGCGCUGGCCAGCCCUUCUUACAAAGCUCUGGUCACAAGCUAUGAUUAUGAUGCUCCUCUGUCAGAAGCAGGAGAUUACACACCUAAAUACCAUCUUCUCAGAGAUCUUCUCAGCACUUUUAACAAUGAAAUCCUCCCUGAGAUGCCUGGUGUCCGCUGGAAAGAAGAAUAUGAGGCGGCUAUUUUGUUUCAACACCUCUCACUGUGGGACGCUCUGCCAUACACACACAAGCCUUUCAAAUCUCAGUUCCCUGUUAAUAUGGAGAAUCUGCCUGUGAAUAACGGUAAUGGCCAGGCGUAUGGAUACACCCUCUAUGAGACCACCAUCAUCAGAGGAGGCUCUUUAAAAUCAGAACACAACAUCCAAGACAGAGCCAUGGUUUUUGUGAACCAAAGUUUCAUUGGUAUAUUUCACCACAGGAAUUUAGAAUUAGCGGUUCCUGAUGGAAAGGAGAAACGCACUCUGAGUCUGCUGGUGGAGAACUGCGGCCGUGUGCAUUACGGUAAAGACAUGGAUGACCAGCGCAAAGGUAUCGUUGGGGACAUUUUAUUAAAUCAUACGCCACUUAGAGACUUCACAAUAUAUAGCCUGGAUAUGACUCCUGGCUUUAUUGUAAGCUUGUACAGGGCACCUUGGAAGUCUGUCACUAACAAACCAAGCUUCCCAGGCUUUUUCCAGGGCAGGUUAUUCGUGAAUGGGUAUCCCAGUGACACUUUCAUGAAGCUGCCAGGUUGGAGUAAGGGUGUAGUCUUCGUUAAUGGGCAAAACAUUGGACGGUACUGGGAUGCUGGACCACAGCAAGCUCUGUUUCUACCAGGACCCUUCCUCAACAGUGGAAUGAACCAAGUGAUUGUGUUUGAAGAAGCAGAAGCGGAUUUUAAAAUCCAGUUUGAAGACUCUCCUGAUCUGGGAAUGAUAGUUGACAUUUAAUCAAGACACAGACAUCAAAGACAUGAACACCAUCAAAGUGCCUGAACAAAAAAAAUA